AAACUGAUUGCAGAUUCGAUUGUUGCACUGUUGUGUUAAACCAUGAAACUGAGAAAGAAAAAUAAGAACAAGAAAACCAAGGAAAACAUAGACCAAACCGAUGCUACGUCACAACAAGUGACGUCACAGCCUGUGACGUCAUACCCAGAGGAACACAAUCCGUUUGCUGAAGAAGAUCUCCUGGAAGAGGAAGAGAACAAUUCGAAAAAGAAGAAGAAAAAGAAGAAAGAGAAAUUGAAAAAAGAAAAAAAGAGAAAAGGAAGCAAAAAAGUGAAGAAGUUAAAGGGAAAACGAGAGAGAGCUGUUUCAAGGGCUGUACUUGAAGAAAUAAACACGAAUAACAAUUCAAAUAAACGAGAAACCGUGAUAAAUCCUGGGAGGUUCACACCCCAUGGGAGUAUCAGUAAUGGGAAUUCCCCAGCAGAAACACGGACCGAAGGUAGUUUUUUAGCUUUUAAUCAAAAACCACGUGAUAAAUCGCCAUCCAGGGUCUCACAGUUAAAACAAGAAGCCGUGACGUCACCAAAAGUGACGUCAUCCGAACCCGGCGCAGAUAAAAUUACUCUAAAGCCUUCUCGUCUCAGUAGUGGCGAUUUGAAAAAGCUACAUGACUUUAAAAAGACUAGUGAUGACGUCACACGUGACGUCGCGUCGACGUCACAACAUAGGAAAGUUACGAUAGAAAGUUGUAAGGAUGAUAAGAUAGAAGAAAUAGAAGAACCGAAGCGAGAACGCGCGGUAACGCGGAGGGCACGAACGGCGUCGGUUCUUGUGUCUUCGAGAGAACGAAGGAAGAAGAAGAGAUUGAGGUUGGCCAAGAAAUGGAAGAGAAUUAAAGGAAAAAAGAAAAACGUCGGAGACGAUUCCGAAAGUUUAAAAAACUUCAACCCAAAACCGGCAAACCGCAACAUUGAAAACCAAAAUCUGGAAAAGUUACGCCACCAAGUGGACGAGGUGAAGACUUUGACGCAAUAUAAUGUGGUGGAGGAGUUACAUAAACGAGAGAGCGCCCUCAUAGAGCUGGAGAAAAACACAGCUACGUUGGAGAAGUUUGCCGAGAGUUUUGCUAAGACUGGACACGACAUCCAGUUAAAGAAAAAAGCACAGAACAGAUGCUGUGGAAUUUUCUCUGGCUGUAGGGCGUGCUGGUAUAUAUGUGCAUGCGAUCGGGGACUUAAGAAGAAAAAUUUAAAAAAGAAGUUGCCCCCACCCACCCGAGCAAACGCCGAUGCUUAUGAAGACGAUGACGUCAGCUACCAAACCACUCUCCUACGUCAUCAAAACGAAACAACAAUGACGUCAUCAAAACAAAAAUCAACUGAUACGUCAUCAGUUGAUCGAAAACUUUUAACAGAGCCCAGUGUGACGUCAUCAACGUCAUCCAUUGUUAAUAGCGUUCGAAAUUCGAGAUUAUUCGCGAGGUUGUCGCGUGCGUCACUUCCUUUCGCAGAGGAAUCAACAAGAAGCGAUUCUCGAUGCGACGAUACACAAGACCGCAAAUAUUCUUCAACAAGCGCCAUUCAUGACAUCAUAAAGAAGAAUAAUAAGACCGUAAGUAGAGACGCUAAGAAGAGCAUCAAGAGAAUUGCGUCACAAUUCGAUGACGAAGAACAAAUGAAACGAGCGACGGAGUUACUUUUGCUGGAUCACGAUUGACGUAGCAUGACAAAGCAGAUUUUGCUGAACAAAACUGUGCCAUAUUUUCCGUACAUAACAAAACCAUUGAAACAUCGAAGCGUUUUUGUCAAUUGUUUAAAACACGAUCAUGAAAUACGGAAUAUUACGUGCUAACGUCGGUGUUCAGACCCUACAGUUCUAUAUGUAACUUGUAUUUGCUUGUUGUUACCAUAGUAUAAUAGAGUGGGGGAAGAUGGGA